UGUAAACACAAAAGUCAGUUAAGCGAAAGCUUCCUGCAUCCCGUUGUCGCCUCCUUGAACAUCUGUAUGGUCAUUGGGUUGUUACGCGGAACGUUUGAGCUUUUUCAGGAUGGCCUGUACAAAGCUGAAUGUGUAUUAUAUACCGACAUACACAGCAAUUUCUGUUUUUAUACUGAUAGGUCUGUAUUAUAUUCUCAGCGGUGAGGGUCAUAGAUUCGACAUAGGAUGGGUUUUGGCAGAAACAUCCCCAUACUUGUGGGCUGCGAUGGGUGUCGGUCUUGCCAUAUCAUUGUCCGUUGUUGGAGCAGCUUGGGGCAUUUAUAUAACAGGCUCGAGUAUCUUGGGAGCAGCUGUAAAGGCGCCACGUAUACGCACAAAAAACUUGGUUAGCAUUAUUUUCUGUGAAGCUGUAGCUAUCUAUGGAAUCAUUACAGCUAUUGUUAUGCUGAGUCAGAUUGGAUCAUACAAUCCUGUCGGUGCAAGCGAAAGCAUAAUUCGUCAAGCUCAUCGAGCUGGUUACUCAAUGUUUGCAGCUGGUUUAACUGUUGGCUUCUGUAAUCUUAUAUGUGGAGUCUGUGUCGGUAUGGUAGGCUCAGGUGCAGCCUUGGCAGAUGCUGCAAAUUCUGCACUGUUUGUUAAAAUACUCGUGGUGGAAAUCUUCGGUAGUGCUAUCGGAUUGUUUGGAAUAAUUGUUGCUAUUCUUCAGAUCUCUGGCAAGAAAAUAUCUGAUAAAGGCUAAUGAAAGUACAUAUAGGCGCUGUGUUUUUUUCUUAAUUCAGACUUUAUCACAUUCACAUGAUAUCAUAAUACCGGAUAUUCAAAAUUUUAUUUUAUCGUUGCUGUUAGUAUUCUUUCCUUAUUUGUUACUUCUUGAUUAAGUUAUGUUCACUCGUGGUAGUGUGUGUGUGUGUGUGUGUGUGGGGGGGGGGGGGUAAUCAUGAUUUUUAUUGUUUUCGAAACCAAUUCAUCUUUGAGAAAAGUUACUAUAAAAUUCUAUUGUAGCAUGCCUUGCUAAAAUGUCAGUUUGAAUCCUGAUAUUCAGUUAAAACUAUGUUAUCUUUCACUUGAUACACAUACCUAAUGCAUAAUAAUGAUAUAAAUCAUGCUAUGAUAUCCACUUUUUCUACAUGAUAUAUUCAAUAUUCGUACAUAUGAUGCUGUUAUGUUAUUAACAUUCCUUCUGUGAGAUUUCUGUUUAUCGAUUGUCCACUGACUAUAAAUCUGUGUUUCUUCAUCGUGUUUUGACGGUGCCCAUUGUACUGAAUGAAAAAGUGUAGAAUGUUUUAACUAUAUUGUCAAUAAACAGUAUUGUUGUUGUGCUG